AUGGGAGAAGAAGUCCAGCUGAAGCCCAAGGUGAACGUCUCUUCCUACAUCCACUUUUUGUUGAAUUUCAGAAACAAACUCAAGGAACAGCAGCCAAAUACCUACCUUGGUUUUAAAGAUUUCUCUAAAAAGUGUUCAGAAAAAUGGAGAUCCAUCUCAAAGCAUGAAAAGGCCAAAUAUGAAGCCCUGGCCAAGCUCGACAAAGCCCGCUAUCAGGAAGAAAUGUUGCACUUCGUUGGCAAGAAGAAAAAACGUAGAAAACGGGACCCCUUGGCCCCCAGACGGCCUCCAUCAUCCUUCCUGCUCUUCUGCCAAGAUCACUAUUCCCAGCUGAUGAAGGAGAACCCCACCUGGUCAGUGGUGCAGGUAGCAAAGGCCAGUGGGAAGAUGUGGUCUACAGAAACAGAGAUGGGAAAGCAGCCAUAUGAACAGAAAGCAGCUCUCUUGAGAGUGAAGUACUUUGAGGAGCUUGAAGUCUAUCGGAAGCAAAACCAUGGCAUGAAGAAAAUCCUGGCUAAGAACCAGCAGAAAGGCAAACCUGGCCCAGAGGAGAAUUCAGAAGAGAAUCAACAGGAGGAGGAGGGAGACGUUCGGGCCAGCGGCUUCUGGUGCCGGGACUCCGCUGACUCCGCCAAAGCAGAGGUGGCCCCAGUGACCCGGAGCCCCGUCAUCCUCUCCGACAGCCCAUCUGCAGCAGAGGCCACAAAGUCCAUGAGCACAUCUGGACACAUCCUUCCCCGGGCUCCUGUUGCGCAGACAGAGCUCCACAGGUCUCGUCCCGGGGACACGACCACAGCCACCCCAGGAGCCCGGGAGCCCCUCGACCCGACAGGCAGCUCCUGA